GUUUUCACUUGAUCGGGGAAGUCGAUCAGUGCAUGUUGUUUUGAAUUUUGAAUUAAGAAUUCUUUGUUUUGAAUUUGGAAUAGGUAUUGUUUUUGUUCGAGUUGAUUGUUUGUUUUGAUUUUAGAAAGUGUUUUUUUUUCUCUUUUGUUGUUUUUUUUUCAAAUUCAAUUACUACUAACAGCUUGAACCUUUUGAUAAAAUCAUGGGUUUCUUGGAGGAACGAGAUUUAUCUGAUGUGCCAAACAUUCCUGAGUUUUUCAAAGGAAAAACCAUUUUCGUUACUGGUGGUUCAGGUUUCAUAGGAAAAGUCUUGAUAGAGAAGUUGCUGUAUUCAUGUACGGAAUUAGACAGAAUUUACUUGCUGUUAAGAAACAAAAAAGGCGUCAAAUCUGAGGACAGACUCGCUGAAUUGUAUGCUGCACCGUGUUUCCAAAGACUGAAAGCUGAAAGGCCUGGCGUAUUCGAGUCCAAAGUAUUCGUUGUAUCUGGAAAUGUCAUGGAAGCUGGACUAGGCUUAUCCCAAGAAGACAGAGCUUUACUUGUCAAUCGAGUGAACGUCAUUUUUCAUGUAGCUGCAAGUGUGAGGUUUGAUGACACGUUAAAAUAUUCAACGCAGCUGAAUUUACGGGGAACAGUUGAAGUCAUGGAAUUGGCUAAGGAAAUGAGAGAAUUAUGUUCUCUAGUUCACGUGUCCACAUCAUACGCGAACACAAAUAGAGACCCUAUAGAAGAGGUGCUAUACCCUCCGCUAGCUGACUGGAGAGAGACCCUGGCUAUAUGUGAGAAGGCUGAUGAACAUACCUUGAAGAUUUUGACUCCUAAGUUCCUCGGAGAGCUGCCUAACACAUACACGUUUACAAAACAACUGGCUGAACAUGUGGUGAAUGAAUACAAGGGUCAACUGCCCAUCAUCAUAGUCAGACCUUCUAUAGUCAUAUCAAGUAUUGAUGAACCAAUACCCGGCUGGAUUGAGAGCUUCAAUGGUCCCGUGGGAAUAUUCGUCGCUUGCGGAAAAGGUAUCAUGAGGACGAUUCAUACAAAAGCAGACAUCAAAUCUGACUUUAUGCCGGUGGAUGUUUGCGUUAAAAAUAUUAUAGCUGGCGCUUGGAUAAGAGGAACUAAAACCAUGGACCCCACAGAUGAUAUAGAAAUCUACAACUGCUGUUCAGGCAAUCUCCACCCGAUCCUCAUGGGAGACUUAAUAGCUAUGUCCAAGCAGGUAGCCAAAGAUGUACCUUUGGACAAUAUGGUGUGGUACAUGGGAGGUACCAUUACGGCUAGUGAGAAGUACCAUUAUGUUAAGGUUUUACUUCAGCAUUUACUGCCAGCUAUGUUGAUUGAUACACUACUAUGGUUAUUUGGGAAAAAGCCUAUGCUAGUUAAAAUCCAACGCCGCAUAUACAUAGCGAACCUAGCAUUGCGAUACUACACUACGCAACAAUGGACAUUCACUAACACAAACUUUACAAAACUACGCUCAGUGAUAAAACUGGAGGAUAUAGAACAAUUCUACUAUGAGUUGGAGAGCACAAAUGUCGUGGAGUACUUCAAACAAUGCUGUUUGGGGGGCAGAAGAUUCUUGCUUAAGGAAAAAGAUGAGGAUAUCCCGAAAGCUAGGCUGCAUUGUCAAAGGAUGAUGGUGGUAGACCGAAUCUUCCAGAUAGCAUUCUAUACAGUUCUUAUCUGGUGGGUUUGCAGUAAAAUCGUCAAAGUCUUUAAUCUACAUAGCAACAUCUUCUAGUUUAUAUACUUAGAUAGUUCUGUCAAAUAACUUUACCGCUCUGAAAUUCGCAACGAGUAACUUCAGAGUUGUCAAAAAUGUCGAAUAAAUACUAAUAAGAUUGGUGUUCAAACCGAUUGUCGGCCACGGCGGCUGUUCUCAUAUACGGAGAUCAGCCAGCUGUGCAGGACAUAUUAUAGUGCACAAGCAUUUGCGCAGACACAGGUGCACUCCAUUCCUUUACUCUCAUAGCGGCAAAGUUGUUUUUGAAGAAAACUUAGCUUUAACGAAUUUUGAUCGAUUCUUUUCAGCAGUUUAACGAACAUAGUUUUUGUUUUAGCAUUUUAUCUAAUAAUUUGUAAUUAUGUAUAAGAUACCAUUAGUGUUAAGCUUUAUAUAUGUGUUUCUAAUGUAUAAAUUGUAUAACUUCUCAGUAAGUUCUAAGUAAUAAAAAAUAAAAACAAAAUUAUUAAAAAAAAGUUUUUUAUUUUAUUUUCAAUUAUUCAUAAUUAUUUACAAAACAGUAGACCAAGUACCGAACGUAGAGAGAUACAUACUGCUUAUAAUAAAAUUAUUUUGAAAAUAAAUCAUUAUUACUAUUACAAUUCAAAAUUAUUCAUAAGUUAUUUAUUUGCUAAAUAAUAAUUGGAAAUUCAUUUGCUAUUUUUUAUUUCCAAUUUACUUAAAAAAACAUUAAUUUUGUUUCAAAAAGUAUUAUUAUUUCCAAAUAUUAACUUAAUAAUAUAACAAUAAAUUCGAUUAAUUAAUUAUUAUAUAAAUACAAUAAUUAUAUUAUAUUAAAAAUAUCACAACUUGAGUUGGUAAUGUUAGGCCAAGACUUAAAACUAACUUGUACCUAUUUCUUACCAAAUACAUGACCUUAUUUCGGCCUAUUUUU